GAGCAAUUAAGGGAAGAGAAAACGUCAAGUCCUAUUUGUUUGUCACAAUGGAACCGUGACCUAUCUAUAUGUAAUAAUAUCGAAAAUGAAAAUUCCAAAAUAUUCUUUCGUUUUCUUUACAGUAAAAUUUUUGAAACCCAUUUUUCAUUCUUGCCGUUCAAGGAAGGGGUGGUUGAAAAAAAUUGCCAAGGCCGGUUUGUCUAAGCCCAUCCAACCCUGUUCGUACUGUUUUCUGAAAUUGACUAUACUAUGUACCUUUUAGUCUUUUGUAGUAUUAAUAGUAAACUUAUUAGAGAUAUUUUAUAUAUGUUAAGUUAUAAUGUUAAUGUUAGCUUUAGCCUGCUUUGUCGACAGAAUUCUAUUCUUGACAAUAAAGUAUACAUUAUUGAUUGAUUGAUUGAAUGGAGCUGGUGCUUACAAACUUGGAUCAAUUACUCCUUGCAUGCUGUUAAACCUCCAGAAAGUAAUGGUGCAUAUGUGUGUAAAUGUGCUUGCAAUACAUUUAUCAAAUUCUCGUUCCAACAAGAUUUUUUCCUGUAUUCAAUUGCCCCUCUUUUGCAUGGAAAAUAUCUAAGUAGGUACAUAGUGUAGGUAUAAUUGUUAGUAAAUUGUUUUUCUCAAAUAAAUAUUUCAAAGAAAUCCUAAUGGGUUUUCUAAUAGCUUAACUCUAUUGUUUUGAAGUAAAUUAUUAUCAUAGAGGUCUUUUUUAUAUCUAAACAAUAUGUUUUCCUUUGUAAAACAGAAGUGAUCUAUAUAGAUACAAUAGACAAAUAUGCAAUUUUUCAGAAGAUUCCCAUUAAAUUUGCAACAAAAGUAGGUAAAUUUUUAUUUUGUGAGCUCAACUUUUCAAUUUUCAUCUCAAUCUUAAGAGAAUAGUUUCCUUCAAACGCAACUAUUGAAUCUCCAUGAAGUAGGUAGCCCUAUUUCCAAAAACACGUCAUUAUUUAAUGAGAACAUAACCGGCUUUUCAAUAGACGCAAUUAAAUAUUGUCAAUUACCUACCAUUAGGUCAAGGUCUUUUAUUAUGCUUAAACAUUAAGUUUCCUUUUUAGGAAAGCGACAGAAUACACGAAUAUGCAAUUUUUCAGAAGAAUUCCAUUGAACUUUCAACAAAAGAGGACGUUUUCUUCAAGAACAACUCCAGCCCAAUUUGGAGAGCUAAUAGAUGAUUGGUGGAAUCCUCACGGUCCGGCGAAGGGCCUACAUGCAAUGAACAAUUUAAGAGUGCCUUUAGUAAGAAAUGGGUUGAUUAAGCAAGGAGCUGUAUCAAAAGAGAAUAUUAAUAGCUUCACACCGCUUAGAGGGUUGUUUAUUUUAGAUGUUGGAUGUGGCGGUGGUAUUCUGUCAGAAGCUCUAGCACUUCUAGGAGCGAAAGUUACAGGCAUUGAUAUGGAUCCCAAAGUCAUAGAGCUAGCAAAAUUUCAUGCCCAACAAAAUAAUCUCUCCAUUGAUUAUCGUUUAAGCUCUAUUGAGGAACAUGCUAUGAAAAAUGUGGAAAAGUUUGAUGCUGUAGUUGCUUCUGAGGUUAUUGGUGAGAUACCUGGAACUGAAAAAAAAUUAUAUUACUCAGAUUUUUUAGAGCACGUGAAGGAUAAAGUGCAAUUUAUAGAUGCUUGUGAAAAAUCUCUAAAACCGUCUGGCUCCAUAUUUCUGACUACAUUGAGCAAAACUAUAUUUACAGAAAUGAUUGCAAUUCAUUUGUUCGAAAAUGUUUUCAAUUUUCUUCCCAAAGGCACCCAUCAGAUCGAGGAUUGCAUUGAACCCGAACAAUUACAAAAAUUAUUAGAAAAUAGUAAUUCCGUGCUUUAUUAAUUUACAGUUCUACUUAUCAUUUUUCUUUACAGAUUGUUUGCAAACUAAGGAAAUAAGAGGCAUGUUUUAUAAUCUUUUUACAAAUGAAUGGAGCUGGUGUCUUCCAACUUGCAUAUUUUAUUCUUUGCACGCUGUUAAAUCUAAAGGUAUAGGUAAUGCUUUGUAGGAAUUUUGUCCUUAAUUGAAGAUAUAUUUUACUCACAAUAAAACUUAUUAAACUUUUCAUAUUGUUGGGAAAUUGUUUUUUUCAAAUAAAUAUGGUCACAGAGCCUCUCUGUGAUGGCGGGUGUAGGGGAGAUAGAUGGAGAGAAACUCGCUCAGUUUUAUAUAAAAAGGUUUAUAUUUGCUAUGAAGUCAUUACGUCAUGAAUCCUCCCCAAGGUGUCUAUUCUCGAAACCGGGGAACAGCGUUCUCACGAGAACGAUUGCUCUGACUUUGUCAGUGUUAUUGAAAAUAAAUAU